AUGAAGUUCCUCGGCCUCACCACCCUCCUGGCCCUCCCUCUGGCCAUGGCUGCACCAGCCGCCGAGCUCGUCGCAGGCAACGUCUUCAUCUGCACCCAGUCUGGCUGGAGUGGAGAAUGCCGCAACCUGUUUGUGGGCGCCGCCACAGGUGACUGGAGGACGCAAUGCCAGCGCCUCCCGGAAAACUACGUCCGGAACAUCGGCUCGGCAGGCCCUGAUGCGGGUGCCCUCUGCCGGCUGUUUGACAACGACCACAGCGACUGCACUGGCUCCGGCCUUGCCAUCCUGUCCAGGCCGGGAAGCGAUAACCUGGGAGCUGCGGGUCGGCAAGCUGUGUACAUCUCAGAAGAUGGCGGAAAUAAAUACGCGUCGCGGGCUCGCGAUCUCAACCAACAGGGCCUGGAUGAGCAAGAGCAGGAAGUGGUCCUGAGAAAACAUCAGAUCGAGCGCCCGUGGCACAGACAAGAUGCCGACAAACCGCCUGUUGACCCCAAGGGUCACGACAAGAAACGAGAGGAGCCACUGUCGAAAGGCAAGCUCUUAACAACGCCGACACGUCUUCUCAAACUCAUCCUCCCGCUACCCGUAUCUGUCGAAAAGAAUAGUCAAAAUAAUGAGUACAACGACAGUAACAGCAAGGACUUUGGCCGCUCGAUAUCAUCCAACGACAAGAUCCAACCUCUCGCGCUAUUAAUCCACCCACAGCAGCCCCUGUCGUACGUGGAACGCCUUAUACAAGCCGAGCUGCCACCUGUUGUGGAGAAUGGUAAAGAGAAGAUACCGAGUGUAUAUUUCCGCGCUGAGGAUACGGGCGACGCGGAUAAUGCGGCCCAGGGUCGUCCCAGACAUGCAAAGAAGAAAGAAGACAAGUCAAGAUCCCCACACGUCGCAUCAUACUCCGGCCUGGGCCACGAGGCCGAGUCUCGCGAUGAUAAAGAGAAGCGCUGGGUGCGGUGGAGCAGCAGCACCGAGAUGGGUGACUUCAUUCGUGAUGCGGCGCGGGGCCGCGAGUUCGCCAUCGAGGUUGAAGGGUACAACCUUACGAUGCACGUCGGGGUGCCAUCGUUCGCAGACCGCACCCACUACAUGCGCAGCCGGCUCCGGCGCAUGUCGAGGUCCAUUGCCCGCUUGACUGACAUCAAGUCAGAGUGCGACAAGCUCGCACACCGCGGGGCGCACCGUCUAGCCCAAGGCGGUUUUGCCAUGCUCAGCGCCUGGUGGGGUGUCGUCUACUACGUCACUUUCCACACCGAGGCUGGCUGGGACCUCGUGGAACCCAUCACGUACCUGGCCGGGCUAACGACCAUCAUGGGCGGGUAUUUGUGGUUUUUGUACAUCAGCCGAGACCUCUCGUACAAGGCGGCCAUGAACAUUACGGUUAGUCGACGCCGGGAAGCUCUAUACGAGGCGCGCGGGUUCGACGUUCCCCGGUGGGAGCGGCUAGUGCGCGAAGCCAACGCCUUGCGGGCCGAGGUGGCGCAUGUCGCGUCCGAGUACGACGUCGACUGGGACGAGAAGGCGGACCUUGGUGGAUCCGAAGAGGUCAAAGAAGUCUUAGAAGCGGAGCGGCACAAGCAGCGGAAGCGUAGCGCCGAGGACAGUGGCGACGAGGACGAGGGCGGAGACGCGGGCUCGAAGGACAAGAAGAGCAGCAAGACGGAGAAGCAGAAGGAGGCCGAUUCCGACAAGGAUAAAAGGUAG